AUGGUAAAUGGACUGCAUUUAUAUAGCGCUUUUAUCCAAAGCGCUUUACAAUUGAUGCCUCUCAUUCGCCAGAGCAGUUAGGAGUUAGGGGUUAUGUGUCUUGCUCAAGGACACUUCGACACGCCCAGGGCGGGGUUUGAACCGGCAACCCUCCGACUGCCAGACAAUCGGUCUUACCUCCCGAGCUAUGUCGCCCCAUAUCUGAUUGCAUAUCAGAAUGUUGAAUGGCUUAUUUAUCAAACAUAUAAUUGAAUAGAUGCUAACCCUGAAGCACCAGCAGAAGCAGGCCCAGAUAGUAUGACAAAUCAUAUGUUAUUUAAAAAAUGGAACUCUAAACAAAAACUAGCAUUAAGGGAAAACAGCAACUAACUACAAAAUGCCCCCCGCCCUUUAAGUUGACCUGUAGCAUUCUAAGAUUUACUUUCUAACAUCUGUGUUAUACAGUCAUUGCUUCCAAAUAGUACACCAGUAUUGGGAGACCUAAUGACUUAUUCCCUCCCUCUUGUGUAAUAAUGGGGGAAAGCCUGUUGCCUAAAUCUCUCUUUACUUGAGCAAUACUAUGACCAACUAUUGUGCUUUGCCUAGUGGGACUCUCAAAAACACUCAGGAUCUAGGUUCUAUUCCUUGGGGCAUGUCACUACACCAAGACCUAGUGCUUAACCUGACCCAGGAAAUACCCAUGUUACAGAGUGCAACUCAAGUAAAAUUUGUAAAUGUUGAAGCAGUAUUGAAAGACUUUUUAAAGUCAGCAUGUGAACAUAAGCAAAGAUCAAUACGUAACUGCUGAUGUUCUUAUGAAAAUAAGCAUUUAUAAAAUGCAUUUAUAAAUGUAGGCAGAUGCUUUUUUUGAAAUAGAAGAUUUAAGGACAUAUGUUCUUUUUUAUUUUAUUUGAAAUAAGAAUAAAAUAAGAACAACUCAGUAUAUAUAACAAAAUAGAAAUUAAACAUUGAUGAAGACCAAGCAGUAUUAAUUAAUUUGUUUGUGUAUGUAUAUGUGUGUGGACAUGUAUUUUGUUAAGUGUAUCAUUUCAAGAGAAGCUAUGUAAUGUAAAGUAUCAUAUGUGCUUUUUUCUGUUGUUAAAACACAUGUAUUGUGUGUAUAUGUGUCAUAUGAAGCAAAUGUACCAUGCAGACAUAGUCCAUAAAUUUUCCACAAAUAAAAUUAAGAGAACAGUGUUUUAUUUUUGAAACCUUUCAGAUUCAGAUUUACUGAAGUAAACUUGAUUAAUGUGUCACAGAAUUUCCAGUGGUGCUAUAAAUUCUCUUUCUUCCACUGAGGUUUGAAUGACGCAAACUUUAACAGUUUAUUUUGUAGAGAAGGCCCUAUUUUAUUGGUAGGAAGCUCCCGAGACAGACUCAGGUCAGUCAAACACCCCCAUAUUCACCAGACAUGCCAAAAGGGAGAACACUUAUAGUUGCCUAAGAGCAUAUGUUUACAACCAUCUUGGGUGGAAAAACCAAGAUGAUGAAAACAGUUGAAUCACUAAAUAUUGUUUCAUAAAAUAUCGGUUUUCCUUUCAGUGUAGCUUUUUUUUUUUCUUUUUUAAAUAAAAAAGUUUGUCUGGAACUUUUCUGUUUUCACAGUGGUUUUGGAUUCACUGGCAUACUGCUCAGGACAUUCAUUCACUUUUCACAACUGCACCCAGAUGUAUUUCCUUCCUAAGAGCAACCAUGUUUCCUGCGCCUUCACGUCAUUGAGGUAAAAGCGAUGUGCCAUCUGUCGACUGGUCCAUUAACUCCAUUCAAGGUUAGGCUAUAUCAACAGAUGACUUGUUUUAGUUAGCAACCACACCCCCCCCCCCUUCUUAUUCUGUUUCUAUAUAAAAAACCCAAACACACUGUGCUCUCACUUUUAAUUUUGCCAUCACGAACAAACGGCAAGACAUACCUUCUCAACAGCCCUGUGUAAAUCUUUAUGUUGCGUUCACUUACUCGUUCAUGUUAGUUUUUUCUUGUCAUCAAAUCAACCAACGCAUUAAAAAGUUUUUACGUUUUAUUUAAACUUUUAUUGAAACGUUGACCAUUUCCCAAUGGUGUCAAACUCAUCUGAAGGCACUGCACCAGCCACAGGCUCCUGGGCCACUGAUGGAAAUGAAUGCAAUCAUACUGAAGCCUGGGAGUGGGUUUACUCCAUGCAGCCAGCCUACAUGGGGGUCAUCUGUGUCCUGGGCAUGGCCGCCAAUGCCUUCGUCCUCUGUGUAUUCUGCCUCCAGAGGGAACGCCGAACCGUAGCCGACGUCUACCUCGGCAAUCUCGCGUUGGCCGAUCUGGUCAUGGUCUCCUGCCUGCCAUUCUGGGUCGUGACCAUCACCCAAGAGUUCCACUGGUUGUUCGGGGAGGCGUUGUGCAAGCUGGUGGGCUUAACCAUCGCCAUGAAUUACUACUGCAGCAUCCUGUUCGUCACGAUGAUCAGCGUCGACCGCUACCUGGCCCUGGUCAGGCCCAUGUCGUCCGUCAGGCUGAGGGACGUGUCCUGGGCCAGAGUGCUCUGCCUCGCCGUCUGGGUGGUGGCCGGUCUCCUGAGCCUGCCAGCCCUGCUGUUCCGCACCGUCAAGCCCUUCCCGGAAUACGGGGUGGAGGCGUGCUACCUGGACUACCCCCACGAGGGCUGGAGGAUCCGCUACAACAUGACUGUCAACAUCUUGGGCUUCCUGAUCCCCCUCACGGUGCUGUCUUAUUGCAGCUACUGCAUCAUCACUGCCCUCAAGAACAACCAAAUGAGGAAGUAUUCUGCAGUAAGGACGGGGAGGAAGGCCAGACACCUGGUACUUAUUGUCCUUGUAGUCUUUAUUCUUUGCUGGCUGCCCUACCAGGUAGUCAUGUUCCUGGACACACUCUAUUACUACCAUGUUCUUAGAGGUUGCCUCUGGGCGAGUGGUAUUGAUAUUAGCAUUCAGCUGGCUACUUAUCUUGGUUAUGGCAACAGCUCACUCAACGCGUUCUUGUAUGCUAUUGUGGGGAAGCAUUUCAGGCAAAAGGCAACAAGGAUCUUUAAACUCAUUCUCAACCGAAAAGACAAGAGUGAGACCUUGAAAACUAUUAAAUUUACAUCAAUCACUAGAUACAAUGAGUCCAUCAAUCUGGGUGAUUCCGAACUUUAUCUUAGAAAUACUUUAGAAUCAUCGAAUUAAAUUAGGCUAAUAUUCUGUGGAAAUGACAGAACAUGGAGUAAUAGAUGUUCAAUGUUUGAGGUAAUUUGUGAUUUAUUUUUUCCUUCUACACAUAUUUAAAAUAUAUAAUACCUGACAUGUCUGAAUGUAAAGAUCUUAAAAGUGACCUCUUCUCUGUAAUAAACAUUUUUAUCAUGAAUAAUGUGAAAUAACAUUAGGACCAUCAAGUGAUAAGUGGAUAAUUAUUUAUAAUUAAUAAUGAAAUUCUAUUAAUUUCUGUGAAGGAAACCAUUUAAAGUCAAAUGUUUGUUUGGUUUGCACUACUGAGUGUAUGUUUUGUGAUUUUUCAUUGUUCAUUAGUUCUUCACACAUCAAUUUUGUAUAACCUGUACUGGUCUGUGGCAAA